AUGCUCUUGGAGUUCAUUCGUGGUACCAUGCAGCAAUGGUUUUACGAGAAGAGAAACCAUGCAAAUGAAUACCCUAACUUUGUCACACCUUGGGCGGAGGAGAAGAUCAGCAGCCAUCUAUCAAAGUCUGCAUGUCUGAAGGUUCGGUCGAUUACACCUACUCAGUAUCAGGUUGUCGGUUUUGGUGGAUUCAUGGGUAUUGUGGACUUCGGUGAAAUGUCCUGCACAUGUAGAAAGUUUCAGCUUUCACGUAUUCCAUGCAAGUAUGCCAUUAUCGUUGCACGACAUAUGAGGCUCAUGAAUGUUAAUGCAUGGGUUCAUCCAUUCUUUCGGACCGAUAUCUAUCGUGUAAUAUAUCAGGAACCUGUCAGUCCUCUUGGAAACCAAUCUGAUUGGUUGCACUCACCAGAAGAAAUAGUUAUUCUACCCCCCGUCCUCGAUAGUCGUCGUCCAAGUCACCCCUUCAACAGAAAUAGACGUCCUUUGUAA